AUGGCUGUACUGGGGUUGGUGUCAAGACUCACUUUCCUAUUGGUGUUUCCAGGAAAUAGAAUCCCAUUCUACGUGGUGGAGCUUGACCCAGCGACAUCCUACCGUUCUAAGGGCUGGCAGGUGAAAAUUGCCAAACAGUCUGGCGUAGAGGUAUUCAUGACAGCUCUCUUGGAAAAGGCCUUAGGCUCAGUCUUUUUCUCUAAGAACUUGAUUUUUGGUUAUGGAGCUGGUGGGAAUGGCACCUGCAGAGGUGAAAACUGGGUUGUCCUGAAUGUCAUCAGUGCGGCCGACGCCAUAGUGGGGAGGUACAAGCUGAGUGUGAAUGAGUUUAAAGCUGGAGUAUUCUACCUUCUCUUCAAUCCAUGGUGCUCAGAUGACAGUGUCUUCAUGGCUAGUGAGGAAGAGCGAGCAGAGUACGUCCUUAAUGAUACCGGCUACUUAUACAUGGGUUUUGCCAAACAAAUUAAAGAGAAACCCUGGACCUUCGGUCAGCUGCUGCUUCAACUUGUUGGCCCAGAUGGAGCACAGUGAAAUGCAGAACCAGUGUUCGUGUCCAGGGCCAUUUGUACUAUGAUGUGUGCUGCGAACGGUGGCGUGCUGAUGGGGAACUGGACAGGAGACUAUUCCAGUGGCACUGCCCCAUACGUGUGGACCAGCAGUGUACCCAUCCUGCAGCAGCAUUAUGUCACCAGGUUGCCCGUACGCUUUGGCCAGUGCUGGGUUUUCUCUGGAAUCCUGACCACAGCACUGAGAGCAGUGGGGAUCCCAGCCCGCAGUGUGACGAACUUUGAGUCAGCCCAUGAUACAGAAAAGAACCUCACCGUAGACAUCUACCUAGAUGAAUCGGGCAAGCCAAUUCCACAUAUGACCAAAGACUCUGUCUGGAAUUUCCAUGUGUGGACAGAUGCUUGGAUGAAAAGGCAGGACCUACCUCAGGGCUAUGAUGGUUGGCAGGUCCUGGAUUCUACACCACAGGAAAUCAGUGACGGAGGCUUCCGCACUGGGCCCUCACCGGUGACUGCUAUCCGCCAGGGAUUGGUCCAAGUCAAGUAUGACACCACAUUUGUGUUCACGGAGGUCAACGGUGACAAGUUUAUCUGGUUGGUGAAGGAAAGGGGGAAGACUGUCCUCAUUGCUGUGGAGACCGCUAGCAUCGGCAAGAACAUCAGCACCAAGAUGGUGGGCGAGAACAAGCGUGAAGAUGUUACCUUGCAAUACAAGUUCCCAGAAGGAAGUCCAGAGGAGAGGAAGGCCAUGGAGAAGGCCUCUGGUAAGCAUCCUGAUGACAAGCUCAACUCUCGAACACUGAACAACACUCUUCAGAUGUCGGUCCUCCAGAACUCUGUGGAGCUAGGUUAUCCUAUCAAUUUGACUAUAAUUUUGAAGAGGAAAACGUCCACCCCACAGAAUGUCAACAUUUCGUGUUCCCUCGACCUACAGACAUACACAGGCAACAAGAAGACAAACCUGGGAGUCAUUCAGAAGACUGUGCAGCUCCAAGGCCAAGAAUCAGAGGUGUUUCUCAGUAUGGAUUCCAGCUACUACAUCUAUAAAUUGGGCAUGGUUGAUGACGAGAUGGUCAUUAAAGGGUUCAUCAUUGCAGAAAUUGCGGAUUCUGGUGACAAGGUGGCCACUGAUACGACCCUGUGUUUCCUGUACUCUGCCUUCUCUGUAGAGAUGCCGAGCACAGGCAAGGUCAACCAGCCUCUCAUCAUCAACUGCACCUUCAAGAAUACCCUGCCCAUCCCUUUGACAAACAUCAAGUUCUCAGUGGAGAGCCUGGGCCUCAGUAACUCAAAAUCCUGGGAACAAGAGACAAUGCCGCCUGGAAAGUCCAUCAAUUUCAAAAUGGAAUGCACCCCAGUGAAAACUGGACCCCGGAAGUUCAUUGUCAAGUUUAUUUCCAGACAAGUGAAAGAGGUUCAUGCUGAGAAGGUCGUCCUCAUCUCCAAGUAGCCCAUCUGGGGCCAUGGAGCUGCUGGCAGGAGCCCUGAUUGGCUCUGAGCCUUGGCUAAGCAUGGUAGCGUUUCCUAAAUUGCAUUUAGCUUUUAGGUCAGGGAUGAUUAAAUUUGAUUACUCGUGUGAAGGCAGAUUCAAGAGCCAGCCCAGCAAAAGACAGAGCUCAAAGGUCAAUGUAACCACAGGCGGAAGCUCCAGGGAGCCAGGGCACCCGGGCACAUGCCAUAGGCAGACAUCGAAAAUACAUAUUUAGGAAUCAUGGCCUCAGAAGACAACGCCACUGCCAUCUGGAUUCAGAACCAAAUGCAGAGCUCUGAUAUAGACAUGCUGGAGGCAUCUUCCAUCUAGACCAUGGAUUCUAUCAAGUCCAGGGCUGCCUCCUGAGCUGGUGCUGGCCCAGGUACUACAUGCUCUCAUCCCAAGGCUCCGUCCUCUCAGAAGCAGGCCCCGCGCUGGCGUGAGGCCCUCUUGCUCUGGACAGGCCAUGGGAGGGAGAGUAAGAGUCUAUGGCCAAGGACAACAUCUGAAGAAGCGACGAUCCUGCCCUGUUCUCUGGAGUGUCUGUGCUUUGCCCUGCCAUUAACAGAUAUGCUCACAUAUCACUACGCUUUGAAUUAAACUCUGGCAACUUUAAGAUGGCUAUGUAGUCCUGAGUUAAUUUUUCUCUUA